AACAUGGAAGAGGCCAACAGCUGCAAGGGAACAUUGUUUUGGCUGUAAAAUAACUCAAAGGAUCGAGCGUGGGGAUUCAUUUGAACGCUACGAGUCGGCCGUGGCCAUGUACAAGAUGUUUUGCCAAUGAACUUUAGCCUGUUGAAGAUCCAAGCAUGAGUAUCAUCCAGGACAAGCUAGGCAAUGAGUUUUUACGGAACGGAGGCAUGGACCCCAACUACACCCCAAGCAUGAUCAUGUUCAGCCAUUUACCUCCAGUGACCAGCUUCGCGCGCUUAACUUCACAGACCUCUAUGGCGGAUUUGCCCCAGGAGAUGAUCUUGAAGAAGGAGCGUGACUCUCCUGAACAUGGUGGUGGCUUUCUCCACAGUAUGGGUAUUAAACAGGAGAAACUCAACGAGUUGGACUACCAUCUCCCAAUGUAUACAACAGGAAUCGGGACAGCAGGAGGAAAAAACACUGAUAUGUUGGACAUGUCGCUUGGCAACCACCAAAAUAUGCUUUUACAUGACCUAAGCCUUAGCAACCAGUUCUCUGGAAGACUGGGGAAAGACCCAAAAGAAUCUGGGCCUAGAAGAGGAAGGAGAGCAAACGGAGAAGGACCAGAGGGGAAAGCCAGAAGGAAACAAGGGGACUCGGGAAAGACACUUAUGCUGGAUGGGGAUGCUGGCCCCCUCUCUCCCAGCUCUAAACCGCACAUAUGCGAGCACUGCAAUGCAGCCUUCCGCAGUUCCUAUCAUUUGCGCAGACAUGUGCUUAUUCAUACAGGUGAGAGGCCUUUCAGGUGCAGUCAGUGUAAUAUGAGCUUCAUACAGAAGUAUCUACUGCAACGGCACGAGAAAAUCCACAGCGGGGAGAAACCAUUUAGCUGUGACCAGUGCAACAUGCGCUUUAUUCAGAAGUACCACAUGGAGAGACACAAAAGGACACACAGUGGAGAAAAGCCAUAUAAAUGUGACACAUGUCUACAGUAUUUCUCACGGACUGAUCGGUUACUGAAGCACAAGAGAACCUGUGGAGAAGCCAUAAAGAAAGGUCUGGAUCCAGGAAUGCUGGACCUUGGAGAUGAGGACAUGGGUCAAGGCAGCUACUUACUCGCUCAGGGAAACACCAGUGGCCCGCCACGCAAGAAAGGCAAAUCAAAAAUUGGCAAUGACGGAGGAGAGCGGCGAAGGAAGAAAGGGGCUGCUGCAGGAGGAGGAGUGCGGAUGGCAAGAGAUGACUACACCUUGGACAUCCCCAGUGGAUCAGGGACAGCUUCAGGGGCUCUGGCUGAGGCAAACAUGGAUAACCAGCACGGUGGACGCACACCCAAGCUUGUCUUUAAAAAAGGGAGCCGCAAGGGAAUGGACAAGUGUUCAGUUUCUAUUGAUGAGGCCAGUCAUGAGCAGAAACUGAUGACACAGAAGUCAAGCUCCAUGGAUAUGUCUGGAGCAGGAAAUAUGGAUGGUCUCGGCCUACUUCAGAACUCUGGUGGCACCAAACAAGGAGGCAACAGCAGCAACUAUGAUGAUGCCAUGCAGUUUUUGAAAAAGAGACGGUAUCUGCAUGCUGCUAACAGCAAUACCACUGCUGACUUCAGUUCCGUCCACCUUCCGCAGCCUACAGUUAUUCAAGGUGGUAUCGGAGAACCUACACUGGCCUUGCUUGACACGUCACCUUUGGUAAGUGUUGACAAGCAUGACAAAUCAGGAAUCCCAGAUGAGGUGCUGCAGAGCCUGUUGGACCACUACAGCCACAAAACCGAUGGCUCUCAUCAUGAUGUGACGUUUGAUCUGCAAGAUUCACACCAUGUGGAGUUGCAACCCGCCACUGGCACCUCUGAUCUGGGUCCGGAUGAGGGAUCUCCUGGCUCUGGAGACAAGAGUGGGAUGAUGAACGAGUACUCCAAGUUCUUGCUUCAGACACUGGAGAGAACCAGCCACAGCAGCAGUUUCAUUUUGGGCCCUUCGGGACCCUUCCCAAGCCUCAUGUCUUCUAGCAGUAGCCCUGCAAGCACACUCUACACCACCUCUCCACUGGAGUGUGGAUUUGUACAGCCUGUUUCCUCCCCUCUUGCUCCAUCCUCUUCAACUUCUCUAAGCAAGUCUCAUUUUGGAAUGCUGGUAGGUACUCCAUCACCAUCUCAUGCCUCACCAUCCUCACAGCAAGCUUUUCAUCUCAGCAGUCUGGAGCCAACUCCUCACCAGCAGCUUACCCCAUCUCAAGAGCUCACUGACCAGUUGGAGAAGCAGCACUCGCCACCGUAUUCUCUCACAAGUCAAGAGCUGACCAAUGGCGGCCAGAAAGACCAGCAGGCCAAGAAUGGCAGCUCUUCGGUCAAUGGCAACAACAAUGGUAACAUCCCCAGCGGGGGCUCAUCUAAUGGCUCAGUCUAUUCUGACCUCACUGCUCUGGAGCCAUCUAAGGAGGUCACCUAUCAGAUAGAGAAUUUCGCUCAAGCCUUCGGCUCACAGUUCAAGUCUGGUCGGCGAACUCCGCUAGGUUACGGCGGUGACCCACGAGUGGGUGUUGUAGAGGUUGACCACAGGAUACAGCGGACUCCCGUGUCUGAAUUCUCAGGGUAUACUAGUCUGUUAGCAGAUGUUAGCGAGCCAGCUAGCUCAGGAUCCAAAACUCCCACAAGCCAAAGCUACAGGUAAAGGUUAAGGGACUCGCCUGACCCUGUUCUGUGGGAUGUGGACUGUCUCCCAAUGCUUCCCACUCCUUGCUGAGUAGAACUUUAAUUAUUACACUGCCAUUAAAUGUCGAUAGCAGACAUUACCAGGGAAGGUCUACAAGACCUCAAAUGCAAUUUUUCAUGUUCUUCUUUUUAAUGUGUUUUAGAUAUUUUGUUUUAUGAGUGUAGUGUAUGUAAGAUUAGAUUUUAAACAAAUUUCCAGCAAAAUUAGAUGCUAGUGAAGGACUUUUUAAAGAAACCUUGUAUGUCUUAGCAUUCAUAGUCCAAUUGUAAGAUUAAGUUAAUAAUUAAAGAUGAUUUACAAUAAUAACACGUCAGGGAUAGGCCCAGUAUUCAAUGGCAAAAAAGUAUUGUCUGUUACAAUGAUCUAAAGUAUUACUCAGGUAAAAGCAGUAACGUUUUUUUUUUUCUUUUUUGUAACAAGGUGCACUAGCGCUCUUUCUUGCAGGUGUACCUUCAAAAAUAACAGUGAAGCUUUUUGUUUUCGAAAUUCCUUGAGGUAAAAGAUUAAGCCAAUUGGGAAUCUGUGUGUUCAAUGAUAAGACACUGGUGACUAUUUCCACCUUAUGGUACUUUUUAUAUCAAUGUGAAAACACUUUCAUCCCUAAGGGCCAUGCUUAAAACACACUCAUACAAAACAUACCGGUAGCCAGAUAGAAAUGUUUUAACGUAUGUACAUAUUUAUUUGUAGCUACAUGGAACAGCAGAACAUUUUCUCAGGGUCAGCAGUCAUUUUCCCCCCUUUAAACUAUACUCCUUGUCAGCUGACAUCACUUUGAUCUCUCAAGGAUUCAAAUAAGCACUUUUAUAAACCACUGAAAGCAAGAAUUCAGAUUCAGGACAUGCAAAACUAUUAUUUUUGAUGAAGCAAACUGUGAUUUUUAAGUGGGGGAGGGAACGGCAUGUUUGCCAUAACAAAGGGCAUUUUUGAAUAUUCAUAGGUUCUAUUUUGUUCCUUUAGAUGAAAACACUGUUAAUGAACGUGAAUGCCACUUUUUUUUAUAUAUAUAAUCGUGGACAACUCUGAAGCAUGUUUGCUCUGGAAGUCUUCAGGUAUCAUGACUGUUUUGACUUGGGUUGAGCAGGAACAAUUGGAGUCCUACCUCUCAUUGUGUAGUUUUGAAUUUAAUGCUUGACAAAAUUGUGAGCUUUUAAGUUGUUGCAAGGAAAAGCGCUGCAAAUAAUAAGGACCUAAACCUGUGCUGUUUUUAAAUGAGCAAUGAAUAAGGGAAAGCGUUUGAAACAAUUGGUGGGCUGCUUUGUCUUCCUGGUUUUGGCCUGUGCAGCGAGGCCAUUUGUCCCAUGUCAGACAUUUUAGUGGUCUUGCCCUAUUUUAUUUCCCUGGCUUUUAUGUAAACCGGUCCCACAUGCCAUCGCAGUGAUGGUGUAAAGAACAAAGUCUGAAUGCUGCACUCCAAACUUGUUCCAUGCUUUUAUAGAAAAAAAGAAAGUGAAUAAAAAAAAAAAAGUGGCUGGAAGAAUAGGAUUGACCUUAAUAUACCUCAUAUCAUUGUAAAAAAUGAGAAAACCAGGGAUGUUUCAUGUAGUAGAGAUAUUGUAGUGUGCGUCAGCUUAUUGUGUAAUCAUAUAAUGCCACCUGUGUUUACAGUUAAACUUGAUUUGUUGGAUUUUGUUUCUCUUCUCUGUUGAGCGGCAAUGCCAAGCAGUGUUUCAUUGUAGAGUAAUCCCUAGAAUUUCAUGAUUUGUCUCGUUUUCCCCCAUGUUUUUGUUACUCGCCAUGUGUUUUGAUAUGAUUUCUAGAGAGACUUUGUUUACAACAAUGUACAAAAACACUACAAAUGUUUUUGUUUUAUUUUUGUUUCUGAUAUGCAUGAUAUGAAGUUGUUUUUAUGGCUUUCCUCUGAUGACUAUUGCACCAAAUGUUUGUAGCAUAUAUGUCCCCAACUUCAGUCUAAAUUCUGUCACAGGGCUGUACAUGUCAGAUGACUUUAUAAAGGAUUAGGUAAGCCAAUAAAAACCUUUUGUUAUAAAACAAA